CGAAGAGAAGGAGCAGUGGUUAUCGUGAAUAAUUCAUAUUCCGUAAUAAGUGGGGUUGCUUAUAAGCUACCAGUACCAAGCCACAACCUCAACUCACUCUCUCUCUCUCUCUCUAAAUUCCAUAUGAAGAUGAGAACUAACAGCAGCUGAAUUUCACAUAUUCCAUGAUGUCUUCAUCUCCACAUAUCUCUGAUUUACUCAACAGGUACAUGGAAAUCUGUCAAAUGCAUAAGGUGCAGCCUAGCUCAGAUGUUGUAUCAUGGUUGAAGAAGGCCAUGGUUCAGAAACUCACAUGCCAAAAAUGUACGAUGGUGAUUUCACUAGACCAGCUUAAAAACGCUGAUUUGUUUCCCCUCACCGAUCUUUUCCGCUCAAACGACUCAAACGCCCUCGAGACUGUUGACUUGCUUUGCGGAUCAAGCGUUGGCUUAGACGAAUGCACAAUUUUAUCAUUGAUGCAUGCUAUCAACACAAGGCUUCGAGUAGUUGAUAUCCGAGAUACACCACUAAAGGAGGAUAUCUUGAGGGAUCUUUUCAACUCUGGUCUGGACUGCCAAGUGUUAAACGUAAAGUCAACUGAGAUUCAAACGCUUAACAUGGCUGGAAAGUUUAUGCAUAUGCACACUCUUAAUAUGGACUUUUGCACUUCACUUAGUACCAUGGAAAAAGAUUGUUUCACUUACAUGCCAAAUCUAACCCGUUUAUCGAUGUGCGCCACACGCAUAUCCAAUCUUUGGACUACGGUUGCCGCCUUGUUAAAACUUCCUUCGUUGCUGGAACUACGGUUUCAAAAUUGUUUAUGCUGCAAGGACACUUCCCCAUGCCAUUUAAAAGACGUAAACGCCACCAAAAUUUCAAAUAAUACACCAACUGAGGGUUAUUUUGGUAAAUUGCACAUUGAUGAAUACACUGUUUCACAAAAGUACAACUUGCAUCAUCCUUCACCGAUAUGUUUCCAGAAACAUUACCGAGAGUAUAUGAUCGUUUCAUUGCCGAGAUUACGAGUCUUGGAUAAUUGCCAAAUAGGGAAAUUCGAUGGCGAACGAGCUAAAACCGUCUUCUCAAGCUACUAUGAGGUAUUACCGAAUAAACGACAGCACAAAGAAAGCAUCAUUAGUGUAUUACAUAUGCGCGAAACGGGAACAAGCGGUAUACUCAACCAAAAGUCCUUGAAGUCAAAGGGCCCAUCACUACAUAAAAAAAGUCAAAGUUUCUACUCGAGGUCUCUAUGUGCUGCUAAACUUGGUUCGUCUGCAUGGCCUGUGUUACAUCCGUUAUCGAAUAUUAGUCAGAUAAUGAAAGAAGAGGGCCGAAUCCUUCGACCGAGGCAGUUUGAGUAUCACCAAACGGACCCCAGCCUAAUGGCGUUUGGGACGUUAGAAGGAGAAGUCGUCGUCAUUAAUCAUGAGACCGGAAAUCUCGUUAAAUAUUUGCCGGUUUUCGAUACGAAUAAGAGCGUUUUAGGGCUCUGUUGGCUUAAGAGAUUCCAAUCCAAGCUUGUUGUUGGUUAUGACAACGGAUCCUUGAGAUUAUACGACAUAAACGACACACUACCAGAAGUUGCAGAUAACUAUAGCAGUUCUAUUGGUGUUGACUUUGAUGACUUUCAGCAUUUGACUUCCGUUCAUGUCAAUGCAACAGACGAACAGAUUCUUACAAGCGGAUACUCGAAGAAAGUUGCUGUGUAUGACAUCUCGACUGGAAAACGCUUACAUUUGUUCACUGAUAUGCAUCGAGAAGCCAUCAAUGUGGCCAAAUUUGCCCAUCAUUCCCCUUCUCUCUUUGUUACUUCAUCGUUUGAUCACGAUGUUAAAAUGUGGGACUUGAGAACAAAACCCGUUAACCCGUGUUACACCGCUUCGAGCUCAAGCGGAAAUGUAAUGGUUUGCUUCUCUCCUGAUGACCUUUAUCUUCUUGUAUCAGCUGUUGACAAUGAGGUUAAACAACUUUUGGCUGUAGACGGAAGGCUUCAUACGAACUUCGAUAUCGCUCCCACAGGAAGCGGUCAAAACUACACUCGAUCGUAUUAUAUGAAUGGGAGAGACUAUAUAAUUAGCGGGAGUUGCGAUGAACCUGUUGUUCGUGUUUGCUGUGCUCAAACCGGAAGGCGACUCAGGGAUAUAUACCUAGAGGGUCAAAAUGCAAGAAGCCUAAUGUUUGUGCAGUCUCUAAGAGGAGAUCCGUUUAGGCAUUUUCACAUGGCCAUCUUGGCAGCAUAUGUGCGGCCUAGCUCUAAGUGGGAGAUCAUCAAGGUCAAUUUGCUUUCGUCGGGUCAAUAUUCCGCCGAAUAUCAAAAAGGCCAGCAUCUCUGCCUUUCCUACAGGCUUGGAACUUAAAUGUGUGUGGUUUUCUGGUAAAUCCGUUUUAUCUAUCUAUAGUUAUCAUACCCGCUGACGGAUUACGCCACACUAUGUUACAAGUGUCGCAUAAUAACAUCGGGUAUGGUAAUAAUCCUUUUUGGUAUAUAUGUAUAAGACUGUAAAGGUGCUGUAAAUCAUUGUUUGUAUAAUUGUAUGUAUCAAAGUGUUGUGUGUCUAGUCUAGUUAUAUCAUUAUUAAA